AUGUAUAACAUCGACCAUUACUUUGAUUUUGAUUCUCAGCCAAAAACAGAAAACAAAUCUAAAAAAAGAAAAAAACAGCAGCAAUUUUUAUUAUUGGUUUUGUUGGCAGCGGGAGCAGCCUAUUAUUUUAUGAUUUAUUUGCCAGAUAAAGAAAGAAAAAAAUUAGAAGAAGAGAUACAAGGAAAAUUGGAUGAGGUGAGGAAUCUUAAACCAGAGGGUUGGGCUGAUAUAGAAGUGAGAAAAUUGGCUAAUGUUUUAGUUGGUCGCUACCAGGAGGAUGCCAAGUCAUUUCCGAAUGGAGAUAAAAAUGAGGACUUUCAUUUUACCCGAGCCGCUAGUUAUGACAUUUUUUUUCCUCCUGCCCUACAAGAAUGCUAUGAAAGGGCUCAAUCACUAAACCAUACUAAUUGUAGUCCUGAUCCAACCACCAAAAGAGACAAUAAUGCCAUUUUCUACGGAGCCGCUGGAACUGGUAAAUCAGCCACCGCUAAGAAAAUUUGCAUUGAAGCCAACAGUUGCCCAUUAGUAAUUGUUAAAGGUUCUUCCCUAACUCCAACCAAACAAGAUUAUGAUGCGGGAAUUGCUCCUUUACAGAAGUUUAUCUAUACCAUUAGUGAAUUAGAAUGA